GAACAUUGUUUGAAUCAUUAUCUGGUGUAAUUGCUGUUUCGAGCUGAGAGUGCGAUUCGACUCAAAUAAAGCGAAUGCUGACCUACUGCUAGUAGAGAGAAUUGCCAGUUCAAAGUGACACCCUCGACAAAAUGAAGAUAAUUUUAGUGAUAUGUAUUCUAGCGACGUGCGUAAUUAGUAUACAAUGCCGUCCCCAGGCAGUGCAGAUCGAGAAGCAGGUGCUUCGCUUCAUCCCGCAGGAAACGUCAUUCGAACCGCGGCGCGGUUCACUAGAAGAAACGCAUCGUAUUUUGCAGGAAAUCGAGAAAAUCAACAUCGCCAUGGGUUACAAGAAGAAGCAGGACGUCGCAUUUCCGCGAACGCAGGGCUUUAACGAGGGUUACUUCUAUCCGAGGCCAGUUUAUCAGCCGCUCAAUUUCCGUACUACCACCAGUCCGGCUCCACUGUUCAAGCAAUUCAACGGUCAGGAACUGGUCAGCACGGUGGACCCUUUUCAGGCUCAGGUUUACUACUAUCCGGCACCCUAUUUACGCGUACCGAUGCCGGACGGAGCCCGUGCUUUCCGACCGCACUUGAAAAUGAAGAAAACGAAGGAACUGCAACCGAAGAUUUACGUCCUACCGAUAGCCGUACACUCGGCGGAUGGACAAACGAAUGAGAUCCGUUACCUUCCUAGUACCGUGGAUUUUGGAACGCUUCGAGCGUUCGGCGGUAAAGGGAAGGCAAUGCAAAACGGGGAGGUUCCGUUGACACGAGGAUUAAAAAAAUCGAAAGGAGUAAUGGAUGAAGUUGCCGUAUCGGUAGAGGAAGAAAAGAUCGAGGAAGAUUUGCUAGAGGAAAUGCUGGAUGUUGUUGAAUACGAAUUGGGGGUGGAUGAGGAGGCUAAGGAUAAAAAGAAGAAGGCACCCCUCGUACCGGCUUUACCAAAUGAUAAAUUUUUAAAUAGUAAAUUUGCGGAUAGCGGCAGCGAUGAGAAGGAUGAUGGAGAUUCGGAUUUUGACAUGUUAAUUUUGAACAAAUCAGCUGGUCCUGCGGGGAGAAGCUUCAACAUUUCCGCUACGUUUCAGAACUUUACCAAUCGUUUCAGUAUUCUACCGUCGAGUACGCCUACGACAACGCUAACGUCAGAAGAAGCUGAUCUGAAGGAAUUAACCAACACGACGACGGUGGAGGCUGAAGUAGAAGAAGAGAAGAGUCCGUUCGGGUUUUUUAACCGUCAGAGUGAGCCCGCCAAUGGAGGUUUAGUCAUUCAGCGGUUGAGAGUUCGCCACGGAGGUAUAGCGAUUGCUGGUCCCGGUGGGGUAGCAACGGCGGGAAGUGGCGGAACGGCAAUUGUUGGUCCCAAUGGGACCGCCAUCACUCAUCCCAGAAGCCUCACGAUUGCCGGCCCGGGAGCGAAAAUUUACGCCGUACCGGAAACCGUUGACCUGGGGAAAACGAUCAACGCAACCAGAAGGAGUUUACCCGUGGAUGCAGUGUUGGUAGCCAACGGACCAGUCCCACAGCCGUUCCCUUCACCUUACCUCCUGGCACCGGGUACGAACGUGAACCUGAACUACCCACCACCAGCUCCUUUGGUUCCUUUCGGAGGAAGGUCUGGAUUCUUCGACGAUGCCACCUUCCAUCUGAUUCCCAGUGCUUCUUUUGCGCCACAUCCAUUCGGUCGGAUUCCGAAAACACUGCCUGUGGAUCCGAAGCGAAUGCGACUCGGAGGAGCAACCGAUCCUAUCAAGCUAACUGAUAUCCGGAACCAACCGGUCGCUGAAAACGGCCAACUAAGACAGCCGAAGCGAAUUGUAAAUGCACCCUACGUCCAAGCGCUCCAACAACCCAACAACAAGUUUAAAAUACAAAAACUUAAGUUAGCUCAAUCACCAAUCAAGGCUGCACCAGCUAAAAUAACUAAAGUAACGACUACGAAAAAUGCCGAAAAUAAUCCAACGAAAACCCAACAAGAAGCAGCUCCUGAGAAAUUGCAAGCCUUGAUCCAGGAUUUUCCUGUCUUUGCAACGGCCACCGGUUCGACAGCUGCCGAUCAACCAGUUCCCAGAGUUCCCAUCGCACCGGCCGUAGCAGAGUUCUAUCCGUUCUACGGCGUACCGGUAACUGAAAACCGAGACGAGGCUUCGCUGAUUUUGGAACCGAGCUCGAAAGCCGUUUCGGGCAAUGGUGGUACUGCAAUUUCAACGCCUGUUUCGCACGCAAUUCUAAAGCACGGUAGUUCAACGCGAAUUCUUUUUCGCCCGCAGUCCGUAGCGAUAGUCGGUGCUAACGGGCGCGCACAUGCUCAAGCUGAUUUGAUUGUAGACUAUGUAAAAGCCUCCGUCGAACAUCGUACCGCGUCGGACGUUCUAAAAUUGCCCUUCUAUGGUGGUGCUCGGGGUCAGAUUUUGGAGAUUCGUAAGAACUCCGAUGGAACGGUGGUUAGUAAGAUCCUCAGGGGCGACGACGAGGAAAUGAAGCUAAAGGUGCACCAGAUCGUGGAUGAGUUGAAACAGAACGAAGAUAUCCUGGCGGAAGAUGACGAUAUCAGGGCGGCCGAUCAGUCCUUCGGUGAUUAUUUGCUGAACAUUCAGAAGGCGGCGGCCUCGCUGGUGACGCUGCAGGAGCAGGUGAAGAAAACCGGCAAGCUUUCGAACGAUCAGAAAAAGGUCUACGCAGAUAAUCUGGAGAAACUGGGCGUUGCGGCGCAGAAGUUGGCUCACAUUCAGCAGCAGGACGAUGAUCACGAUGCGAUUAAAUUUUUGUUCGAUUCUCAAUUCGAUCAAUCGGAUGCACAAAAGAAAAAGGCCAGCCCUACCACCCACAAGGUUACAACGUUUCCCGGCUACAAGGGUAAAGAUGAAGAGUCACAUCAUAAGAAGAAAGAGGAAGAGGAAAAUGUAGGUGAAGACGAUAGUAGCUCCAAUUCGCAGAACGACAGCGAUAGUGUUCAGGUGAACUCUCCCGAGAAGGAAGCCUCGAUUGCGGAAGCGAAACCAGUUGGUUUGGCCAUUGCCGGCGAAGGAGGAGUCGCAUCAUCGAAGCCCGUUGCUACCGCAGUCGUCGGAGAUGGAGGCCUUGCCGUCGCGCGUCCCGUAGCUACUGCCAUCGCAGGAAUCAAACCCAGUGAAAUCGGAUCGCUAGGGUUACCGAUCGCCAUCAACAAGAAACUAGUUACCAAAGGCAAAUACGGCUUGGUGGCAGCAGAUCAAGAUGUACCGACUGGACUGCUUGUGGGACCAGGAUUUCAAGAAGCUCGUGUUUCUCAAAACGAAAUCGAAGCAGAAAUUGACGAUGCUCGUCAGCAGGCAUACGGGCAGGUCGACGCUCUAGCUCCAUCCUUCGAUACGGAAAAGUUUUUGGCCAGCUUAAGACUGAAGGCAAAGCAACAGCAACAACAACAGCAAAACCAGCCACCACAACAGCAGCAAACGACGUUUAAUCCUCAAUCGCUUUACUAUCAGCCGCAGUCGAAUAUACCUCAAUCGUAUCCCUUCUUGAGUGAUUACCUCAGUAGUUCCCAGUAUCCCGUGUACACUCCGAGUUUCCUGCCAUACUACAGUUGGAAUCCUUACACGGCUGCUGCUGCCUACCAGAAUCAACUGGCACUCUUGGCUGCCUAUCAGCAGCAACAACAGCUGGCAUUUCAGUCCCAAUAUAAUCCAUACUUUUUUAACGGCGGCCACGUUGUCCCACAGCAUUCCUUUCAGCAAUAUGAAUAUCCCCAGCGAGCUGCAUUUUACUCUGCCCCAAAUGCCAUCAACCAAGCCCCACUCAGUGCCACUGCCGCUGCCUAUCAAGGCUAUUACAAUUAUCCAUCCUACUCAGCCCCAUCGCCAUACAGAUUUUUCUACUAUUAAUCUGCGCAUCACCAAUCCGACCCCGGAUAAGCCGGGUAUGGGUGAUUCAUACAUUCUAAGUAUCAGCUCCAAUGGGAAGUAAAACAAAGAGACUUGAAAUACAUUCCACCCCGUCAUUUAGGAUAGUCGCGUACUGUAUCACCUCACCACCGGUGUGGGGAUGACUUUUGUAGAUCGUCUCAACGAACGGCAGGCAAGCUUCGUUGACGAAGAUCUACGAGACCUUUGCCUCCAACGCCGGGGCCGGGCUAGUUUUUCCAUUUAACAAAUUAUAGGGAAUCGCGACGAGGGUGGAAUUCGAAACAAUACAAAUAGGUUAAGG